GGAUAACUUCGAAAAAGACAAGAAGUCAUGGCGUUGUAUUGAAGACAUCGUCAUCUAUGCAUGGCUUACGAAAAGCGAGAAGGAAGCGCAUGGAAUCAUAUGCGAUUUCCUGGUUUGUCUCCUAUCUGCAGUGCGAGGGGAGAUUGCAGCAGGGAAUUUCCGGACGCUCUCGCAUGCGAAGAUGGAAAACAUUUCGCAUGCCAUCCUGUUCGUCGAGGAGUUCAUGUUCUGCCACCAGAACAUGCGCGCUGCCCUUCUGGAAGCUGUGCGAGCACAGGAUCAGGAACGCUUGUCGCAGCUCCCGUGUUCUCCAGACGUCCUGGGGACCAACUCAGCUCAGGCCCAGACUUCAGAGCCUGACGCCGUCCAUGCAUCGUUCCCUUGGACCGAGUGCAGACCAUUAGCUGAGGAAUGUCUGGAAGUCUUGUCGUGCUUCCUCGACGCGGGUGUCAUUUUUGUCAAAUUGGAAGACAAUGCAGAAAAGGUGAGGUCUAUGCGGUAUUAGCUCGAAACUCGCUCAGCUCUCAAGGUAUACUUCAGAGCCACAUCAGAAGCGGUGGAUUUUUGCGCGUCGCCAUCCGUAUUCUGUUGAGCGGCCUUUCACUACUGGAGGAAGAGAUAUGGCAUCUGGUACUGCGACACCUCAUACCGUUGAUGGACAAGCAUGCAGUCACCUUUUCUGAGGGAAAGAAAGAGAAGGGCUUAUAUGUGCUUGGUCAUGUGCACGAAGCGUUCAUAAUUGCGCAGAAUCGCUCUUCGGAUAUCCAGAGGGUGGAUUACCGGGUACUCCUCCCACUCUACAUGCUCGUGGUCAAUAGAUGGCGCGAGCUCAUAGGGGGCCUUACGGAUAAGAGCACUGGAGGAGGAGAAUCGAUCAUCUCGGACAUACUCCUGAACGAGGCUCUGAUGGAUCAAGACAUCUUUCUGCAUCUUGUAAGCUCUCCAGUUUGGGAUGGAGUAUUCGAGAGCCAUUUCUUUCCCGUCAUGCGGAGUGUUGAGGACGAGCAAUUCGCUAUGGUACCGUUUAUCGCCAAAAGGUUCGGGAAGGCUACACGCACGAUACUGUCAGCAUGGCAGAAGGACGAAGCAAAUCUCGAAGUUACGACAAAGGCGUUCUUGGCGAAGUUGCAGGAGGAGGCGUGGAAGAUGAAAGAGAACGAAGUGCGGGCCAGACACGAACUGGAGAGAUCCAUGGAGAUGGAGCGGCGAUGGCGCACGCGGGAGUUGUGCUCAUUAUGGCGAAACUUGACCCAAGAGCGCGGAAUAUGGCGACCGUACAGCGAACUGGAUCCAUCCGCGACUCCUACGCGACCGUGGAAACUCGAUCGAGCGGAAAACAGCCUGCGCAUGCGACGUCGACUAGCUGUAAACUGGGAGUUUGAUGACCACGACAGUGCUGCGGCGAAGAGGGAUAAGACAUAUAAGAUCCAGUCUUCGAGAGCAGGAAGUCCCAAGAUGGUCAGAAGCAACACCAAUUCAAGCUUAUCAGGGACUCUGAAGCGCUCCGGUAGUGUACCAAUGGCUGGCCCAGGCGAUGGUGGAGAUCUUCUCAGUCAGAUGAAUCUGACUGACUCCGCUGCAUUCAUUUUGGACGACGAGCUCGACAUGGCGGAGGAGGAAUGGAAUGUGCUCAACGAAGACGACUUGCAGGGCAUGUCUUCAACAAUCGGCCUUGACGGACUGGGGCUUGAAGGAGGGCAGCGGCUUAUAUUCUCGACAGAAUGUGAUAUGAUUCUGUUGAUGACGCCCGUCAAAGGCCGAUUGGAGCUGACCGCUACACACUUGAUAUUCACGGCCGACAUCAAAUCAACCACAGCAGACUUAUGCGAAGCUGAGCGCGAAGCCGUUAUCACGCUGAUGACGGAUAACCGUGCGUGGCUGAAAGAGCGUGCAUGGCCGUUGGAAGACCUGACCGACUGCUAUCUGCGAAGGUACAUGUUGCGCCGAAGCGCAUUGGAGCUAUUUUUUGUCGACAAGACGAAUCAUUUGUUCAAUUUCCGCGGUACGGGGAAGGCAGCCAGCAAAGAGCGGCAGAAGUUUCUCAAAUGCCUCGUCAAUUGCAAACCCGGUCGCUUGAAGACCGUUGAUCUCAAAAGUACGCCUCAGGACAUUGCGAAACGGAGCAACAUGACUGAUCGCUGGAUUAAGCGAGAGAUCAGCAAUUUCGAGUACCUCAUGUGGCUUAACACUGUCAGCGGGCGAACGUAUAACGACCUCACUCAGUAUCCGGUCUUCCCUUGGGUGCUCCGUGACUUUUCCAGCGAUUCUUUGGACCUUGGUGACCCGUCAGUCUACCGCGAUUUAUCGAAGCCCAUCGGCGCUAUCGACGACAACCGGUUACAGCAGUUCCUGGAGCGCUAUCACUCCUUCGAGGAUCCCACGGGCCGCAUAAAAAAAUUCCACUAUGGGACCCACUAUUCAUCUGCGGCGUCGGUUUUGUAUUACUUGCUCAGACUGGAACCUUUGACAAGUCUGCACAUAAGCCUACAAAGUGGGAAGUUUGACCAUCCCGACAGGCAGUUUCAUUCUAUGCAGAGCUGCUGGAAGUCGGUAUCCACUGGAGCUGGCGACGUGAAGGAGCUUAUACCGGAAUUCUUCUAUAUGCCCGAAUUCCUAUUGAACGAGAAUGACUUUGACCUCGGCGUGAAACAAACGGGCGAAGUCUUGGGAGACGUCAUUCUUCCGCCGUGGGCAAAAACGGUGGACGAUUUCAUUCGUAUACAUCGGGAAGCACUGGAAAGUGACUACGUCUCCAGCCACCUGAAUGAAUGGAUUGAUCUGAUUUGGGGAUACAAGCAAACCGGGGACGAGGCCAUCAAGGCGAACAAUGUCUUCUACUAUCUCACCUACGAGGGAGCCAUCAACAUCGACGCGAUAGAGGAUCCGGUAGAACGACGGUCGAUCGAGGAUCAGAUCAAUAAUUUCGGGCAAACCCCUUCCCAGUUGUUCAAGAAGCCUCAUCCUAGGCGAUCGCCUGCCGUAAAGGCUAACAACUCACACCUUUUCACGAAUCCACAAGACUACCGCAGCUACAUUAUUGAGACUCCGCGAGGUCCGGAAAUACAGUUCAUUGCUGCAUGCGGGGAUGGGCGAGGGGAUGGCUCUGCAGGAGGUGCGGACAAAUCCAGGUCUUCCGCCGCAGGAGGUGCUGCAAGUGAAGGAAGGAUCAUUACGGUGGAUAAAAGUCUACACUUUCGCAGCCAUAAGUGGAGGAGCCCGUUAGAUGGAUCUUUGAGCUGCGACAUGGACAGGUCUCCCCUGAUCACCAGGGAGCUCCCGCUAGACCCUGCAUCUUCUUUGCAACUGCACUCAAACCUCUUCGCUGUAACCAAGGACGGCCGACACUUGUUCGCUGGCGGCAGCUGGGAUUGCUCUUUCAAGGUGAUCCAGUUAGAGAACCCGCAAGGUCCUUCGACAACGGCUCGCACCGUGGAGACGAUAUAUGGACACCGGGAUAUCGUCACGUGCAUUGCAAUCUCAGCUGACGAGAAUAUUGUCGCCACGGGAUCACGAGAUACCACUGUCCUGACGUGGGAGUUGGAAAGCACGGCUCAAGCUGUCGGCGUCAAGAAACUUCGUCCAAAGGUCUUCUGCGGUCAUGAUGAAUGGGUGACCGAUGUAGCUCUUGACACGGAACACGGCAUUGUCGCUAGCGGUUCGACGGAUGGAACCGUCAUUCUUCACACUCUGUACGAUGCUGGAUACUUGCGGUCCUUACGGCCAUGCCCUGAGAAGCCUGAAGAGGUGUUGUCCAUACGGCGCGUGCUGAUAACGCAAAACGCGUGCAUCGUUGUGUAUUCCGAGGUCACCCCUCGAGAGAAUACGGUAACCGUAGCUCCUCAGACCGGAGCUAAGGAACUGUACCCAGAUACUCCUCCAUCCGGAAGCGAAAGCACACACAUGUCACCUACGCAACGCAGAACAAGCAUGGUUCCGGCAUUGGGCGGGGUGUGCUAUCUGCAUGUUUUUUCCGUCAAUGGCCGUUUGAUGCAGUCUCGGAUGUUCCCAACACGCUCAAAAGACGUGAAAUGCUCCUCGGACGGAGAGCAUUUGGUGAUUGCGGACGAUCGUGGCGGAAUCUCGUUGCUCAGUCUUCACAGCCUCCAGGUACUUCAUCGCUUCGAUGUCUCCAUCACCAUCACAGGCGCAUGGAUAUCCCACGAUCAGCGUCAUUUCUUCUUCGGUCGCAAGGAUGGGCGGCUUCUACUUCUCGAACACGACAAGAGAGUCGCGCGCUCGGAUUCUUUCUCAUCACGCUAGCUUGUCGUUAGCUGGUCGACGGGUGCCAAGCAGAGGAUCUAUAGACAGCCACAAGGAAUCAGAGCAGGUCUCUCCUUGAAUUUGUAUAUAAACAAUUGUAUUUUUGGGGCUGUACGAUAAUAACAACCGGAUGAAAGCAAAAAGCGCCUCGUCCUCAAGAUGAACUUCGUCUAUGCUGUCG